AUGUCUACCUGUCGCUAUUUACCUUUGAACAGACGCAUACGUGAGCUACCUUGGAAGUCUAGGUUUGAAAUAUUAAAUAACCCUGUGAAGCCAAGGUAUAUGAACGAAUGUGUUGGUACGCCUAGGAGAGAGUACCAAGAAAAUGUCGUCAAUGGGAUACGCGUAGCUCCCACAUUCAAUCCCUACGUAGAGCUCAACCGGGAUAAGCGCUAUAGACUUGACCAUUGGCCAUCCAGAAAUUGGGAUGACUGGGACCCUAGACACUGUUUUGUUAGGGGUGGGAGACGACGAUAUCAAAUACCACGGGCAAUAGCGGCCACUAGAGACGAACUAGGUCAUGCCCAUCCACCAAGAUUAUCAGGUAGAUAUAAAGCGGAUGUUGAGAAACAAUACUACUACCAUGGAUUGCCUUGGGUUUGGAAGGAUAACUUUUACACCAAAAAUCUACAUUCGCACGACCGACCAGUUUUGGGUCCCAAGAUUUGGUACCGCAAUGAAUUUCGCAAGAAACAAAUCGAAAAAGCGCUGGAACGCACUGACACUGUAACUGAAGAGUACAAAAAGGAAAGAUAUAGCGCAAAAAGGUUAACAUAUUUUGAAAAAGUUGUUAAUGAUAUGGCAGGGGAGGAGAUUGCGUCUAAAUAUGUUAGGAAACCAAUUGUACCAAAGAUCGAUUAA